UAUGCUAUUAUAUGCAAAUUGUCACAUCAAUAAGUACUAAAUUAGCACUUGCCUUAAGUAUAGUGUGUCUACUCGUAUAAAAAGGAGUCGAGUAUUUUGUUUUGUGGUUUUAUAUUCCUAUUGCCCAAUAUCUGUGAUUAAAAAAAAUAUUCCAAACAAGAUGAAAACAGUUUCAGUUAUAACAUUUUUUGUGUGUAUUGGUCUUGCGCUAUCAGCAACACUUUUCAACUCAGAAAACAUUCCAACACCAGAUAGAGAUGAGCCAAGCUGUGAAGUUUGCCUUCUGGUUGUGAAUUUUGUCAAAGGUUACAAGAAUAGAGGCUUUAGCAAGAACGACAUUAAACAAGAAAAAGACCAUGUAUGUAAUCUCUUCUUACCCGAUCUGAAAGAAAUUUGCUUGCAAUCUUAUGAGGACGAUGUUGAUUUUGUUUAUGCUGAAGAUGAUGAUAAAACGGUCGCAGAAAUGUGCUUAGAUAUGAAACAGUGUACUUCUAAGAAAAACUAAUAAUUAAAUUUUGUUUGUAGUACAAA